AUGGGUUCAAAAUACUCAAAACAGCGACACAAGCCUAGGAUAAGCAAAGCUCAGAUACCAUGGCUACUAAGAGGCGCAAUUCGUAGCAACAACGUUGAAACUAUUCAGUAUCUCUUGACCUACCCAAAUCAUGUUAAUCCCAGCAUGGUUAUCGAUGGAGUAUGUCCUCUCAACCUGGCCGUCGAACUCGGGCACUUGCAAAUGGUCAAAAUACUUGUUAAGGCAGGUGCAGACAUUCAUGUCCCUGAUGCUCCGCGAUAUCCAUUGCACCAGGCGUGCCUUCUCGGCAGAAGUUGCAUCGCUGAUCUUCUAAUUCGAUCUGGUUCAUCCUUGUCAGCUGUCACCGCUGAGAAUCAGUCAUGUCUACAUCUUUUGGCUGACCAAUCUGCCGAGCGUUAUCUUGAAACUGCGCGUACACUUCUUUCAUAUAACAUCGAUCCCAACACUUUAGACGAUAAUGGUCUGGCUCCACUUCAUAUUGCAACACUGGAAAUGAUUCCUGUCAUUUCUGCAGCUAUUGAUUUGCCUACAUCUUUAAUGUAG